AUGGAUAAAGGAAAGCAAAUAAAGCUCAAGAGAGACCUUGGAUAUUUCUGGGGGGUCAAUUUUCUAAUUAUUAAUAUAAUUGGUGCAGGAAUUUUUGUGUCCCCUAAGGGGGUGCUGGAGUACUCUUGCAUGAAUGUGGGAGUCUCCUUGUGUAUUUGGGCUGCCUGUGCGGUGCUGUCCAUGACCAGUGCUCUCUGCUAUGCAGAGAUCGGAAUAGCCUUCCCAUACAGUGGGGCUCACUACUAUUUCAUCAGGAGAUGCUUUGGCCCUUUCAUGGCCUUCUUGAAUCUUUGGACCUCCUUGUUUCUGGGCCCAGGGCUAACUGCCAGUCAAGCACUGUUACUCGCCGAGUAUGGCAUUCAGCCUUUCUAUCCCAGCUGUUCUUCUCCGAAUCUACCAAAGAAAUGCCUUGCCCUGGCAGUGCUGUGGAUUGUGGGAAUUCUGAAUUCUCGUGGUGUGAAAGAGCUGUCAUGGCUUCAGACAGUGAGCACCGUGCUGAAGAUUGGCAUACUGGGCAUCAUUUCCCUCAGUGGGGUGUUCAUGUUGGUGAGAGGGAAGAAGGAGACUGUGGGAAGGCUUCAGAAUGCUUUCGAUGCAGAGUUUCCGGAGAUCUCCCAGAUAACAGAAGCUGUCUUCCAAGGAUACUUUGCAUUUUCAGGCGGGGGAUGCUUUACAUUCGUAGCAGGAGAACUGAAGAAACCCAAUAAAACAAUUCCUAGAUGUAUAUUUACAGCACUGCCUCUGAUAACUGUGGUGUAUUUACUGGCUAACAUUUCCUACUUGACAGUUCUGACUCCCAGGGAAAUCCUCUCAACAGAUGCUGUGGCUAUUACAUGGACUGACAGAGUUUUUCCACAAUUAACAUGGACUGUUCCCUUUGCUAUUUCUGCCUCAUUAUUUAGCAACCUUGUGAUUAAUGUACUUGAGUCAGCAAGAGUGUCAUAUAUUGCAGGUGACCAAGGCCAGCUGCCCUUGAUGUUUAGUACCCUUAAUGUUCACUCAUCCCCCUUCAUAGCUGUGCUUCUAAAUGUCAGUAUGGGAUCCAUUGCAAUUGUCUUAACAAACUUAAUUGAACUGAUCAACUAUCUUUAUUUUAUGGAUUCAAUUUGGACUAUGUUAUCCAUGAUAGGAAUCUUGAAAUUGAGGUACCAGGAGCCCAAUCUACACAGACCUUAUAAGGUAUUUUUGCCAUUCACAGUCAUAGCAAUGGCCAUCAGCCUGUGCUUGGUCUUGAUUCCCCUUGUCAAGUCUCCAAAGAUGCAUUACAUCUAUGUGCUCCUCUUCCUUCUCAGUGGACUGCUGUUUUACAUGCCAUUGAUACACUUUAAAGUGAAGUUGGUUUGGUUUGAGAAGCUGACCUGCUAUCUGCAAUUACUGUUUAAUAUUUGCAUCCCUGAUGUAUCUGAUAAACAGGCAUCCUCAUUUUAAAAACAAAUUUCAAAUAAAAAAAUUUAAUGAUGGUAACUUUCAAAACUGAAAUAAUAUAAAUAAAAGUACCCAAGAAAGGCUUGGCUUUAAAAUAAGGAAAUAAUUGUUACAUAUGACCAAAGCCCUGCUUUGAUGCAAAAAUUUAAGUCUCAGUUUGUGCAAUUCCAUAUACAGUUGAUGUAUUUUUCCAUUUUUCUGCUUAUUCUCUAGAGCUUCCAUUUUCUAUUGAAUUUCUAGUUUCCUUA